GCUGAGGGAGCGGGGGCGGGGAGGGAGGGAGGAAGCGCCUCCUUUACUCUCCGCUUUUGACGUGGAGCCUCGGCGGCGGCAGGGCCGGCGCAGCGGAGCGGGGCGGGACGGGAGCGGGUGCCCGCGGCGCGGCGUGGCGUAGAGGCUCGACAUGGGGGGCUUUUUCUCCACCAUCUUUUCCAGUUUGUUUGGAACGCGGGAGAUGAGGAUUCUCAUCCUGGGACUGGACGGAGCAGGAAAAACAACCAUUCUCUACAGGCUACAAGUUGGAGAAGUUGUUACCACCAUUCCGACCAUUGGCUUCAAUGUUGAGACAGUGACAUACAAGAAUCUGAAAUUUCAAGUUUGGGACUUGGGAGGACAGACAAGCAUAAGGCCAUAUUGGCGGUGUUACUAUUCAAAUACAGAUGCGGUCAUUUACGUGGUGGACAGCUGUGACCGCGAUCGAAUUGGCACUUCAAAAUCAGAGCUCGUUGCUAUGCUAGAGGAAGAAGAAUUGAAGAAAGCCAUUUUGGUGGUGUUUGCAAAUAAGCAGGACAUGGAACAGGCCAUGACUCCCACAGAAAUGGCAAAUGCACUUGGCUUACCAGCUUUGAAGGACCGAAAGUGGCAGAUAUUCAAAACCUCUGCAACUAAAGGCACCGGGCUUGAUGAAGCAAUGGAAUGGUUGGUGGAGGCGUUGAAGAGCAGGCAGUGAUACACAGCUGACCACUGCAAAGACGUUUCGGCUCCAUCCAACAUCCCUCUUCUGCAGUCAAGUAUUUCCAGGCCACAAAUGCUUGUAAAUAGGACAGAUUUGAGUUCGAGUCCUGUAACGUGGAUGCCUCUCUUGAAUUGUUAAACUGAACGAAGUCAAUGUCUGUGUACAUUACGAUAUUCCACUUCUUUCUUUCUGUUUGAAGGAUGUACUUAUGUUAAUUUGUAUGAAAGUCUUACUGGCUGGCAAAGGUUUUUUUUGGUGUUGUCCCCCCCUCCGGUGGUGGUUUUAAGUUUGAGUGGCUACUAUAGUCAUGUAAUUAAAACACUAAUAAAAUCUGGAACUGUCA